AUGUCUGAAAUCGAGAAUUUUAUGGCCAUGUUGAAAAAUUUGGCUGUGGAGCCCCAGAACAGUAUGCCUGAUGUAUCAAUAUGGAUGAUUAGUGGUGAUAAAAGAAUAGCGUAUUUCCGUAUUCCAGCUAACGAAGUUAUAUUCUCUAAUAAUCCUAAUACAAUUGGUCGACAGUGUGGUAAACUACAGACUGUACAACUUAAGUUCCCUGGUUUGAAACUAGAAAAAGACAAGAAAUGGGAGGUACCGACAUUGUUACAAGUUCGUCUGUGGUUAGGUCUACAGAAUCAGGAAGCAGAAUGGCACAAGAUGCAGAAAGAAGGGGAAUUGGCUGUUUUUGCUGAAACUUAUGAGAAUAUGGUCAGUAUAUUGGGAUCGUGGACGACUAAAGGACCAACCAUGUCACGUCCUAAAUUCUCUGACAGUCAAGGAAAGGUUUCUCUACCAAAGGAUAAUUUUGUACCACCACCAGGGUGGAGAUGGGACAGUGAAUGGUAUGUCAGUCCUGAAUUGAGUAUGUUAUUUGAAAAAGACGCUGGUCAUAAGAAAUUUAUUGAAGAUAUUUACGAAUGUCAAUCACGAGGUAUCCCAGGAGGCAACUGGGCACAAGCUUCACGACCCUGGUCAGAUGUU